AUGAAGGAGGAAAUUGCUGCUGCCGUAUUCUUUGUGGCUUGGCUGUUGAAGCGAUACGGCUGUCUGAACAAUGACAGCAGGGAACGCUUUGCUGCUGUUCUCACCUCCCUUCUGUUUGAGAACUACAAGAACCACUGGCACCCAAGUGCACCCACCAGGGGUCAGGCCUACAGGUGUCUGUGUAUGAACCACGUUCGGCUGCAGGACCCGGUGCUGAGCACGAGCAGCUGCAGUCUUUCAACUCUCUGCCCUGCUCCAAUCCCACCCACAAACGGGGAACCCAAAACCAUCCCGACAGUCAGCAACCCUAGUGUUUACAGGUUCAGCGAGUUCUCUCCAGGUGCUCCUUAGACCUGGCUGAGGGAGAAGCGGAAGGCUUUUCUUGGAGAUGUGUUUCUGCCUCAUAUUCCUUCUCCUGGAGGUCCUCCUUCCCAGUUCCCAAGUCAGAAAGGCUUCAGAUCUUAUCGAGCCACAUUCACCUUCACCGGGCCUUGUGUUGACAAGUACCACUAGGUCAGUAAAUCCCGAUCCUAG